UGUGCAUGUAUAUGUGUAAAUGCUAGCUUCUGUCUCACAGACUGCAGCUCCGACCUAAGGGCUUCUCGUCUUCUUCUGUUUCUUUCCUCUUGUUUGAGGUUGUUGUGUGUGUACGUCUUUCGGUAGGGAUUAUUAUUUUAUUUUAUUUAAUAUUAUUAUUCAGCUUAAUGCUUGGCUGAACGUGCUCCAUUGUGCGGUGGUCACCGGUAACAAAAGCCCGCUAAUGAAAGGCUGUUAUCACUGACUCAACGGAACAAGAGCUGUUUCAUCAAUACGUUCUCUCACAUGCAGAGUCCCUUUAUCGAUUUCUCCUCCGUGGUGGCGGGAUAGCUCCCCGACAUUUACUUUUCUUUUGUACGCUGUUCCAGAGGAGUUGACAUAGGAGGUCUUUAUAGUGUUCGAACCUCAGUGUUGUACUCAUCUCUCGCACAUUCAACAAAAAAGUCACUUACAACUGUUCAUAUCGCUUCUAGGGAUUACACAUUGCCUCAACAGACUACUUCAGUUAACUGAAUUUCCCUCAUCUGUGUUCUAUAGGAGCCAAGUGUAGCUGAAGUUUUGUGUGUGUUUCACAUGUGCCAUAAAGAGGUUGGCGCAACACGUGUAUAUUAGCAACAAUAUAUUGGGAUGUUUUUGUAACUCUGCCGUCAGUGUAAUCUGCAAAUAGUGAUCCAUCAGUGAUAUAAUUUAGACUAUUUAUCCCUCAUAUUUUUGAUUGGUUGUGCAGGGGUUUUUUUCACAUGCAGACAUAUAUCCAUAACCAUAAAGCUGUUUAUACAGGUUGACGUUAUUAAUAGCAUUUUGGAAUAAGCAACAUACGUCUGUGAAAUAAACCCAAAGACCCACAGCGCUGUCUGGUAUAGCCGUCUGGUAUAGGGGAGACAUUUCUGUAGUAAGUGUAGAUAUUACUACACACAAGGUGAACAUCUUGCGAAUGCUACAUAUUUUGGCACGCUGCCAGUUCGACUGUUGUGUGUUUCCAAAGAUACAGCACCACUGGAGCGGGCUGCCAGAGUGACUGAAGCUGAAAGCCAGCAGUGGAGGAAUUUCCCACUCUUUCUUCUUUUUCGGCACGGUGCACAGCAGAGCCAACACUACACAGCGCUGAUGAGAUUAAGCCAGCUUCACGAGGAUACCACGAGGAUACCAUGAUCACAACGUGCAUAUAGUGUGAAGACUUGAACUCCAAAAAAACAGAAACAAAAUCCAUACAAUCUGAGAGUUUAAUUUAAAAGACAACCAUGGGCAGCCUGUGUUCAGGAGGUGCGGCCAAACAGGCUAAGAAAGAGGCUGCCGAAGAAAAUAUGAUCUACGAGAAAAAGCCAAAAGAAGAAAGUGCUCCUUCUGACCAACCACCAGAGGGAGCCACUGCUGAAUCUGCUAAAGACGAAACUGCAGGAGUGGACGACUCACCAACAAAGUCCAUAGCGGAAAAGAAUGCCGAGACUCGUGAAAGCUGGAUGGCCGGGGCACAGAAGCUGAUUGAUGAGUCUGCCACUCGGGAAAUUCAGGCAAAGAGCCAGCGAAUCCACGAGAGUCUUGCCCAGAAGGCCAAGCAGGCAGAACAGGAUAUAACAGACGCGAAGAUGGACGUCACGGAAACUGGCGAGAAGGUGAAAACAGACGUGGUUGCGAAAGUGGAAGAGAUCAAGGAGAACGUGACCGAGGCGGUGAAGGAUACGAUAGAAACAGUCAAGACAGAGGCAGCCACGAAGGGAGAAGAAAUCCAGACCAGCAUCGGGGGUUUUGUCAAAGACUUCACUGAUCGUGGAAAAUCAGCAGGCACUGACGCUGCUGUUGCUGUUGAAGAUAUUAAAGUCGGAAUCGAAGAUGAGGCUGCUACGGCGAAGGAUAAAGUGGAAUCUACGUCGGAGUCGGUGUCCCAGCAGGUGGCUGAAAACGUAGAUGAUGCUAAAACAGCGGCUGCUGCUGGUGUCCAACAGAUCGAGGGAAAGAUUAGUGAAGUCUCAGCGCAAGCUGCUAGCAAAGGGGAAGAGUUGAAAAAGGAGGCCUCUGAACUGAAAACAUCUGCUGAAACAACGAUAGCGGAACAGGCCAAGAGUGCUGAGAAUGAAGCUAAAGAGUUGGCCAGAUCAGCAGAAGAGAAAAUGCAGAGUGCUUCUUCUGCAGUUGCUUCAAAACGAGACGAAGUUGUGGCUGGUGUUACCGCCGCCAAGGUAGAAGUUGAAUCUUCCGUAGACAAACAGAAAGAAAAUUUUGAAAAUGUAAUGUCUGAUGCUUCCAAAAAGAUGGAAAGUACCAAGCAGGAAAUAAGUUCAGCAUCAAAAGACAUCCAGGGUUCCGUUGAACAAAGUGUGAAAAGUGUUGUUGAUAAUGUAGGAUCAGAAGUGGAUGCUAAGAGAGAGGUGGUUGAAUCGUCUGUGGACAAGAUUGAAUCAUCUGUUGACAAAGCGUCUGAUGAAGUUAGUCAAAUGGGAGCAGCUGUGGCACAAGCAGGAGCAGGUGCAGCCCAGUCGUUAAGCGAUACUGCACAGAAUGUUGAAAAAGACGUUAAAAGCGGUUGUAACGAAAUGUCUGAUGCUUGUGACAAAAAAAUUGCUGAGACUGUGUCUGCAGCAGAACAAAGCAUUGUGUCUGAAGCCACUGAAGCCAAGCAGCAGGCAAUGGACACAUUUCCUGUUCCCGCUCCAUAUUCAGGAGAUGAGUACAAAUUUGAUCAGAUCUUAGACGAACUGGACAGUACUAAAUCACCUUCUUCUAUCGAUCGGCAAAAUUCAGAACUGGAAAAUGUCCAGAGAGAACAGAUUGAGGUGAAAAGGCAGAACGAGUUCAAAGUAUCAGCCGAAGAUUUCAUAUCAGACAUACCUUCAGAGCUUCCUCCUCCUCCCCCACCACCUCCCGACUACAACCAGGAGGAUCCUAUCGUCAAGAAUUUCGUCUCAGACCUGAUCGAGACGGCAAAGUCUGCUGUGACGACAUCCGACUUCCUGGGCUCUUCCGUGGAUGCCGAGCCUUCCAGCGACAACCUCCCAGCUCCAAGUUCCGACCUGAUGGACUUCUCUGGUGAAGCUAGUGCUUCUGGUGGAGCUAAACCCGAGACUCUGCAGUCCGGUGGUGAUGACCAGGAGAAGAGCAGCAUGUCCGGGGAGAGCCAGGUCAGCCUGGGGGACUCUGAUGACAUCAUAGAACACAUUGCUAGUCAGGUGACCUCCCAGGUCGUCGAGGAGGCUAUGAAGAUCGUGGCAGCAGAUGGAGGCAACAACCCAGGGUCCGACCACUCGGAGGGAGACAUGAGUGGAUCAAUGUCAUCCACGUCCCCUGACGGAAGUCUUCAGUCUCCUUUAGAGAAUAAGGAAAUGGCUCCACCACCACCGCUGCCAUCUGCUCAAGGCAACCUGAGUGAUGUUCAGAAGCUGCAGCAGCUGGCAGACUCGAGUCCUGGAAGUGAUGUCGACCCUCCGGGCGUGAUGGUGAAUAACGUUGAAACUAAAGGUGCUACUUCCCCCGAGAGUCCGUGUGUUAAUGGCAGUGUGGAACAGUCUUCAGCCACUGUCGCAGCAAAGGCUUCAGAGUCCACUCUGGUCGACGUUCAAAAAGAAGCCAUUAUUUAAUGGGGAUUUGUUUGUUUUGUAUCUUUUCAUCUCUGUGAAAAAGUAUUAACCCCUUUAUCUCCUGAACAAACCACUGCAUAUUAGUGAUAUGACAUACAGCCAGUAGUGGUUAAAACAAAUAAAAUAAUAAUAACUGGUUAUUUAUAACAAACUGCCGCUAUAACUGCCAAAUCGGGAUACACUGUCUGUUUUAGCAGACUGUAAAUACAUCACUGUUGAUGACAUAGAAUGUGUCCUUGCAAUGUGGAGGAGGCAAACAGUGUGUGGAUGAAAGGGAGAUAACUUAACCAGUGAAGUGCCAACAAUUUGUUUUCUUUUUUUUUCAUUUAAUUUUGUUGUUGUUGUCCUUUGUGAAUAUAAAACAAAGGAGUUCCUCAUUGUACAUACUUGUAGUAUAUGUAGUUAUGGUGGACUACUUUUGUGCAGUAUUUAUCAGUUACCAGAUUUUGGUUGUGGAACAGACUAUAUCACAACAUACAUUAUAAAGACCACCAUUGUGACCUACAAAAUGUGGCCAUUCAGGAACUAGUCGAUUUUAUACACAUGUUUAAUAAGAAUUUUUAUUCUAGUGUGUCCUUUAGUCAAGUGGUUGCUAUAAUACAUGGUGCCCGUCAGCCACCUGAAGUGUCCUGUUUAGACAGGUGGUGGUUAUAAAUGUUGCCCUUAAUAUCUGGUUCUAAUAUACUAGUCAUGUAUAUCUUCUUUUUUUUCAGUAUUAUAUUUAUGUUUUAAUGUGUUAAAAUCACUGGAUAUGUUUUCCGACUGACUGUGACUACAUUGUGACGUGACUGAAUUCCGUGUUUGGAAUUACAACUGUGUGUUCACUCAUCGAACAUGAUUCAGCAUCGACGAUGGCAGGAAAACAUGACCAGCUGGUCCUUGAACGAAGUAUUCAUUUAGCCAGCUGAAAGUUUUAUAAAUAUUUUUGAUUAAUUUUUCUUUCCUUCACUCAAAUGGAUUAUUAACGUGCCUUUUCUGUGGACAACAAUUUAUCUUUCUGUCAGAGGCGGUCUCCAGGUCAGUUGACCUUUGACCUGGAAUCUGAUCAAUAUCCUGCAGUGGGAGUGCUGAGUAAGUGUGGCACGUCAUGGCCAUUAGUCGAAAUCUGCGUGUUCUUGGCGAAAGCUUUUCUUGGCGAAAGCUUCUCGGCUCUGUUAAUGGAGUUUUAUUCGAUUGGUGUCAUUGAAAUGGAUUUACUCAUUACAACGAUCACUGCCUUUGUACAUGGAGACUGCCUGCACAGUGGUCAACAUAAAUCAGCUGUUGUAGUGGACAUAGUUUUCAAUGGUGAUAGGACAUGAAAUGUUUAUUUCACUGAAUUAAAGGGACAAUCCUGAGUUUGUUGCACUUGUAAGAUGUUUCUGAAUGACAGUUAACAGAGCAUUUUUAACAACUAGAAUAACACAUCAAAUACAUUUUCUUGUUUAGAAUAUCAGUCUGUAUAUUCAAUGUGUUUGUGGUCACUUUAAUAUUUGUAGCAGCUUAAAUUUCUUUUUACUUCCUAAUAUACCUCUUUUUUUUUUCUGCGUACAAAAUUAUUGGGAAGUAAAAUCUUGUCUCGGUUUUUAUGAACAUCCAGGCUAUUAGAAACACUUUGUAUGUACAGACAGUGAUAUUCUAAAGAAAAUGCAUUUCAUAUGUAAGUUUAGUCAUUGAAAUGCUCCAUCAGUUUGAAAAGUGUUACAAUAUAGCAGCAAACUUAACAUGAUCCCUGUAAGUGGUGGUACAUGUGUAACUACAUGCAUGCUGAAUGUAUGGUCCACUAUUUAGUACAGAUAGGUCAAUACGUACAUGCUGAAUGUAUGCUCCACUAUUUAGUACAAAUAGAUCAAUACGUACAUGUAGAAGUGUG